UAGGGCCGCUCCUCCUCUCCGCAGGGCGCCCGUCGAGAACCGCACUGCCGCCGCCGCCGUCAUCACCGCCGCCAAUAUGGCCGCUCUGAGGGAGCGAGCGGGCUCGGCUCCCGAAACCUUAAGGCCCUCCCUCUUCUCCCUCAGCUCCUUUCUGAGGCCGCGCCGCGCGGGGCUUCACGGGAGUUGUAGUGCUGCGGACGACCAGACGCGCCUGUAGUAGUCCGGGGCGGAACCGCUCCCCGGGACUACGUUUCCCAGGGACCCAAGGGACGCAUGCCCGGAGGGGCCAAUGGGAAAGCUCUGUCUUUCCUUUUCCCCGCCCACCCUCCGCCUCCGCCCCCUGCCGAGCCACAGAAGGAUGAUGUAAUUGCAAAGCGGCUGAAGGGCGGGGCGGUCCUUCUGCGCUGCAAUUCAUUGUGCCAGACCCAGAUCGGUGUGCAGCCUCCUCCUCCAUCCCCCUGCUGUUGCUGCUUCCAGCAACCAGAGCAGCAGCAGCAGCACCAGUGACUGAAUCCCAAGCAAAAGGGGGCGGGAGUGGGUGGCUUAGGUUGGUUGGGGAGGAAGCGGCGCGCACACACGACCUUCUACAGUUUGCAUCCCAAGGGAACUGCUUCGCAAGCUUUGCCCCGCUCAUGUCUAAUUAAGUGACUUGGUUUCCAACCUGGCCUCUUGGCUUAUGUUCUUUGUAAAGGGCAGGGAGCAGCCGUCCCAAACCAGCUGUGUAAAUGAGUAUGGAAGAUUAUGACUUUCUCUUCAAGAUAGUUUUAAUUGGGAACGCUGGCGUGGGGAAGACCUGCUUAGUGCGGCGGUUUACUCAGGGUCUUUUUCCACCAGGGCAAGGUGCCACAAUCGGCGUUGACUUUAUGAUUAAGACAGUGGAGAUCAAUGGUGAAAAAGUAAAGCUGCAGAUCUGGGACACGGCAGGACAAGAGCGAUUUCGGUCCAUUACUCAAAGUUACUAUCGCAGUGCUAAUGCAUUAAUACUGACCUAUGACAUCACCUGCGAAGAGUCCUUCCGAUGCCUCCCAGAGUGGCUGCGGGAGAUAGAGCAGUACGCCAGCAAUAAGGUCAUCACCGUCCUAGUGGGGAACAAGAUUGAUUUAGCGGAUAAAAGAGAAGUCUCCCAACAAAGAGCGGAGGAAUUUUCCGAAGCCCAAGACAUGUACUAUCUGGAGACUUCGGCUAAAGAAUCGGAUAACGUGGAAAAACUCUUUCUCGACUUGGCUUGCCGGCUGAUCAGCGAAGCGCGGCAAAACACGCUUGUGAACAAUGUGGAAUCCCCGUUGCCCGGGGAAGGGAAAAGUAUCAGCUAUUUGACUUGCUGCAAUUUCAACUGAUAACCGGUCGAGCCCCCGAGGGUUAUGACUCUUCUUUCUCGCCAAGGCCUGUCUUGACAAAGGCCACUCCUGCCACCUCAACCCAAUCUGACUGGCGGAUGUCGUCAGGUUCACAACUUUGAAGCAUGGCAGGCUGGCCACUUCGCCUGCGGGGUCAGCGUAGCAGAAAUAUAACCUGGUUUAAUUUUUUAAAGAUAUAUAUACACACACACACACAAAUAUAUAUAAAAAUGUAAUUCCCCUGUAAUCUGGAGGUGGUGAGGAUUCACAAGGGUGCUCUAGGUAUCCGAUGGCAAGCGGAAGCCAGGUCUUCGUUUCACUUCCACGAAGCAACUAGGGAAACUUCCUUGGAAUUGCUGAGUAAUGCAAGUUCUCUCUUGCACCAUUUCUCUCCCCCCCCCCCGACCUUUUAAUAAGUGUAAUGCACAUUAGCCAUCAUGCAGCUGUCAUGGCCUGCCAGCUAAGCAAUGACCUGUGUAUAUAGAUAUGGCCCAAAUCAUUCGAUUUCUAGGGCACAGCCCCUGAAAAUAUGUUUCUUUUGGGGGGUGGGGGUGGGAAAUAAGUGUUAAUGCCUCUCAUGUCCAUACACUUUCAUCGACAUGGAAGUUAAAAAUAGAAAUGCCAAUAUUUUGAAACCAACAAGAGUGGAGAUUGGCCCUCUCACUUCUUUGGGUACUAAUAGUUUGGCUAACUUUUACCCCAGGCGAAAUUUUAGAUGUGAUCCAUAACUGCCCGCUCUGUUUUGUACAGAAGCCAGGAACUGUUCACUAGGAAGCACCAAUUGUAAAAAAACAAAAAAACCCUUUUUGCUGGUAGAAACAAAUACACCACAGGCCUCGUUUUGCCUGGAUGCCGUUUCUGUGGGUUGAAAGAGUUGGUUUUAGCUUAUUAAAAAGGUGUAUUAAAAAUCCUCUGCGAACUUGACCUGAACAAAUAAGUGUUCUGAAGUUUGCAAUUAAAAUCAGCGUUCUUGCACCGUCCUGGCAUAUAGUGGAGCUUUCUGUUCCCUCUUACGGAAGUGACCCGAUGAAGGUGUUUUGAAUAUAGUUAAUUAUUUCGGGAGUUGGCAGAAAUAGCUCCAGGACUGGUUCACUGGAAUACUGGGAAACUUGGGGAUUUGGACAGCAAUAUAGAGUUGUCUGUUUAAAGGCAUAUUACAACACAAGGAUUCUGAGAUUUUGGGGGGGCUGGCGAAAUGUUUCCAUGUGUCCACUUUAAGCACAGAUGCCACACGUGGUGUGCACUGCUAAAUGUAAAAAAGAAAGUGUGAGGAAGACCUUACCAAAGGAGUAAAACCCCAAGAUCAGUCCUGAUAAUAGCUGUCCAGAACAGCAGUACAGUCUGCAGAAGGAUCGAUACUGAGCGUGCUUUUAAUUAAAGCAGAAGCAGCCGCCGCCAUGGUACUGGACUCAAAUCCAUUUGUGGAAAUGUAUUUCUCAUUGGGAAGCGAGCGCACAAUUUCAUAGGGUUUUUAUAUGCUUUAGGAAUAAAACAGAUAAUGGCAGCGCAUGUUCUGAUCUUUACUGAGGCUGCGACCAUCUUGCAAAGCUGUAGCUCCUGAGAAGCAAAUUCAAAUUGCAUUGUCAAAAAGCCUUCCUUUAUAAUGUAGUCGCUUGCAGGCUCACGAUUGUAGUUCAUCUAAUUUGUCCGCUGCGCUCUCCUGGGCUCAACUGUGUGUGUGCGUGUGUAUCUGUAUGUAAAACUCUUGGCUUGGGCAUUCCCCUCAGUCCCAAACCACGAAAGUUGGAAGCAGUGUGAAAUGUGUCCUGCCCUCAUCUCCAUUGUUACUGCACCUCUUGUGCCAUGCUCAAAGAACGCACCAGAUUCUGCAAAUUGGAUGCUGGAAGAAGAAUCACAAGGGCAGAGAUGGCCAGCUUUUUUCCUCAGAUCUUGGUGUUGACUCGCUUACCCUGCAAGAAAGGGCGAACUGUCUGGUUCAUGAUGGACCUGCAAUGGAUUGUAAUUUUAGUAUUAAUUCGCUGGUUAUUCUGUAUUUAGUAUUAAUUAGUUCAAUUAUGUGCAGAAGAAGAAUGGGCACUGUUUGCUGGGGACUGGACGGGUGCAUCUCCCCUGGUGAAAGGGGAACAUGUGAAAAGGCAUGGAUACAUGAUGCGCUCUGUGUAUCAACCCUUUGUUUAAAGAGGGCUUGCUUUUACUCGAGGUGCUUCUAGGAGGCUGUGCCCGAUCACCGACAAGGCGAUCUCUUCUGCAUUGAAAAAGAAGCUGCUAAAGUUUUAGCCUUUUUUUGAGAAUAAAGUCAACAUUUUAAAAA